AUGAAAUUGACACGCGAAGAGAUGCUCACGAUCAAGAAGUACUUUUUUAGAGAAGGUGUGUGCCUGGUUGAGGAAAAGAGCGGUCAGAUACAUUCGGAGCUGGAGAUUAAUGACAAAGAGGUGAUGAAGUUUAUGAUCAGCUUGGUAUCCAAGGGAUUCGCCAGAAAACAAUUUGUUUGGAGGCACGCGUAUUUUUUCAUCACCGAUGAUGGUAUUGAUGCGCUUAAGAAAGACCUUGCCCUUGAUGAGAAUGAAAUGCCUACCACACACCUUGAAAGCAAUUUGAACGUGGGCUAUGCGGUUGAGCACGAAGAAAAGUUGGUUUAA